AUGGACUGUGCUUAACUGUAAAUAGCUGUACAAGCGCACAACUCUUGAGUCUGAGGGGGUCGGGUCUGAACAUCUGCACGUUCAUUUCCGCAGCUGGCCUGAUGUGCGGGCCGAGAAGCCCGCUCGUCUUUAGGAAGACGCAAUGAAACGCAUUUGACUCCUCGGACCGAGAAGAAUAUUUCUAGACUUCUAAUAAAUAAAUGUUCAAUAAUUGACACUUUAUAAAAAUUGCAAGUAUUAAUUACUGCCGCGCGUCUUCAUUUGCCUCAGCGGAGCCCAAGCUGCGCUCACAAUACGGAAAGUUAGAAUAACUCAAUAAUAAACUCUACAGAGAAAAAAAAAACAAGUGUUGUGCAGACUGAGUCAAGUCAAGGCAUACGUGUGUCAGGUGGAGGGGGGCAUUCUCCCGAAGCCCCACAGUCUAACCCCCCGUCCCCCCAGUAUUUAUGUCCAUAAGCACACUGGGUAUUAUUUCUAAUAUUUCUGAACCCCCGCGAUAGCUGACGAGUCACCCCACACCUCAGUCAAUAAGUGAACCGCUGUAACAGAGGCUAUGACUUCAUAAAGCGAUACACUUUUAUGGCGGUGACGGUGAGUGAUGUCAUGUCGGUAAUAUAGAGUCCGCCUAUUUGCAUAACGCUCAGCGGCGGAGUCCAGGGCUGGCUGCGUAAGAGCGCGCGCUCCUCCUCUGCCCUCCGGUCGCAUCGGCGGGUUUCUCCUCACUUUCUGCAACAUGAAGUUUCUCGACAACGACUCUCGGAUCAUCCCCUAUACGGUGCGCCUCUGUGCUGCACUUGGGUCCGAUGGCUCAUUUCCCGGUCGAAGACAUGACAGUAUGCAUUUUUCCGAAGAGCUCCUGAAUGACUUCUUCUCACUGAGUAACUACUCUUACAGCGACAUCUGGAAUGCGUCCUUACCUUCUGACUACUGCGACAGGAUAGAAAACAUGAAGCUGUACGAGAAGUUGGUCCUGCCGGUUCUCUACACGCUCGUGCUCCUGCUGGGCCUCACCGGCAACGGUCUCAUGCUGGCUGUGCUGCUGAGCCGCCAGAAGAGCCUGCGCGUCACUGAGAUCUACCUGACGCACCUGGCUGUGGCGGACCUCAUGUUCCUCUCCACCUUCCCCUUCUUGCUGGUGGAGAACUCAGUCGGCUGGGUAUUUGGCGACGUCCUGUGCAAGGUGGUUGGCCUGCUGAACAACCUGAGCUGCCUCUGCGGCAGCAUCCUGCUGGCUUGCAUCAGCUUCGACCGCUACAUGGCCAUCGUGCAUGCCGUGCGCAGCCUGAGGAGCCGCCGCGCCUGGGGCGUCCACCUCAUCUGCAUGGCCGCAUGGGUGCUCUGCCUGGUCCUGGCUGCGCCCGACUUAGUGUUCCUGUCCGUGGGGUCCACUUUGAACAAGACGGCAUACUCCUGCAACUUCUUCGGGUCCGACGACCAUAGCAACAACUGGCUCAUGACCAGGCGCAUCAUCAUCCACCUAUACUUCUUUGUGCCUCUGCUGGUCAUGAGCUGCUGCUACUCGGCGGUGGUAGCAACGCUGUGCUACAGCCAGCGCAGCAUGAAGAAGCAAGGCGCCAUCCGCCUCUCCAUGGUCAUCACUCUCGUCUUCCUGCUCUGCUGGCUUCCCUACAACGUCGCCUUGCUGGUGGAUAGUCUUUCCAUAUGGGAGGUCAUCACGAUGAGCUGCCAAGCUUGGAACGUCUUGGACCAGGUGUUGUCAGUGACCAAGAGCAUCGGCUACAUGCACAGCUGCCUGAACCCGCUCCUUUACGCCUUCCUGGGCGUGCAGUUCCGCCAGGACCUCCUGCGGCUGCUGUCGCGCUCAGGCUGUCUGGGAAAACAGUGGAGGAGAGAGAGAGUGAGCGCUGUGUCUGUAUCUGGAGGAGCGCCCAUCACCACUAGCAGCCUCAUCUGAGCCCAGAGACAGAGCACCUGCUGUUGGCCAUCUUGGGGGGGAAGCAGCGUCAGCAUCCAGGUGGGGUACAUCUGUCCCCAUAGCUUCCCUUGUCAACGUUUUUUUGUGCAAACUGAUCCCCAUGAUUUAAGAAAUAGACUUAAACUUUAACCCCUUCCGUGGUUUUUCUAACAGCAUUACCCUUGCACCUUGUUUCCGUCACCAUAAAUGUGUGUCAUUGUUUUUGUGUGCUGUCACUCAGAUGAACUUUCAAAAUAAAAUCUAAAAAUCAGACCAGUCAGGAGGCAAACAUGCAAUGAAACGAAUGUGCUUUAACUUUUCUUUGUUUUUAAACUGCAACAUUCAAAUCUAUCUUUUUUAAAACUGACCAAAAUAAGUUGGUCAACUGCUAGAAAAGAGAAUCUCCCUGGUGUAGUUAAUGGCAGUGUUGUUUUUGGGACGAACAAUGAAUAAUAAUGAAGCAGACCAUUAAAUGUUGGUCACAGUCCCACAUGACAGGUAGAACUCUAUAAUAUUUUACUGUAUUAAACAUAUAAAAAGCGGAAAAUUAAAAACCCAACAUGGUUUUAACCUUACAUACCUGGCACUGCUUCUUCAGAGCUGUGACCAACACAAAUAUACCACAUUCCACGCAGCGGUUAUACCUGGCUUACUCUUGUUUAACUUGUACAUAAUUGAAUUUGAUAGCUUUUUGGUUGUAUCACUGUCUGUUGUGCUACACAAACACAAAUGCAUACCCACAUCUGAUGUUGCUACAUGUGGGUAAGAUAAAAACAUUUUUAGGUCAUCACAGGUCAAGUCAAUUACUGUGGCACUUGAGACUUUUAAAUGCGGACAGAUAAGACAUUCUGUCAAAAUCUCACUUGGCUGUACUCCGAAAAUACUGUAUGUUUACAAGGUAGCCCUAUAUUUUGUAUGCAUGUUUUUUUUUCCCCCCGUUUUCCUCCUCAUCCUCUAUGGCAUACUCAGUAAGAAGUCCAAUCACAACUGACACAUAUUUUAAGCCUUGAUUUAAAACACAUUUAUAGAGAGUGCUUAUGAACAACUGGUAGCAUAGUGGUUAGAACUACUUCCCUUUGACUCGGAGGAUGCAGGUUUGAAUCCCACCUUCAGUGGUAGUGUCUUUGAAAAAGGUGUUCACCCUAAAUGGCUCUGGUUUUAAAAAAAAAAAAAAAAAAAUG